ACUAGAUUUCAAACCCAGGGGUUCAUAGUCUUCUGCUAGUGUUCGUGAUAUGUACUCCGUAUGUUAUGACAUUUCUUGCAAGCUGCUGGAGAGUUUUCUUUGGAAAUAUAAAACGGCCUUCAUUUACAACAGUGCUUAUGUGUGCGGGGAUAGAAGUGCUACAUUCAAUUGGGCUGUGUGUGCUAGUGUUUAAACUCUUGCCUGAUCUAGGAGCUUUACAAAGGAUAUGUCUUUUGAGUGCUACAGCAUUACUUCCAAGCGUUCUCAAAUUAUUUUCAAUUCGGGAAUUGCAAUCGUUUAAGCCCGGAAGAAAAUUAGGAACAAUAAUGAUGAUAAUUGUUGAUAUAGUCGCCAUUGUUAUGCAGAUGUCGGCAAUUCUUUUUCUCCUUCACCCGUAUUUCAAGUUUAAGCCAGAAACAUAUCAACCAAUAAAUGCCAAUGAAACACAGGUACUCGACAGCGGUAUUUUCAGUGAACUUUCCACAGAUUUAAGUUGGUAUUUCAAGGUAUUACUAUCGCUACUUCUCUGCUCCGUAUCAUGGUGGGAAAAUUUUGUACUUGAUAAGGCUUGCUUCUCAGAAGCUGCUCGACAGAAUAUCCGAAAAGUAAGAUAUGAGUUACAGGAAAGCCGACCUUACAUAUACAUCUUUGUUUCAUUCCUCAAAAUUGCCAUCACCAUUUUGUUCGCACGUCUUCUCGUCGGGGAAUCCAUUGGAUUGUUGAAAGGUGAAUUCUGGUCUGAAGUAAGAGAUUACAAAAAAGUUGCCUACUUCUCGGAUAUCAUUGCACUUAUAAUAUCCAGCUUCGUUGGAUAUUCUGCUGCAUACACUUCCUGUAAAUUACAGAUGCAGCAAAUCUCGUUCUCCCUACCUUGCCUACUAUCAACGCCGCUUUUUAUUGUACUUUUGACAUAUUACUGCGAAACAAGUGAGGAUUAUAUUUCGAUGUUUUCUACUAAUAAUAUAGAUUGCGACGAUGAGAUGUUAGGCGAUUAUUUUUAUAUUAUGAUUUUUGGACAUUGGUUUUUGUCCAUAUAUUGGAUUGGUCAGCACAUCUGGUAUCCUUCUCAGGAACGUUUGGCUAAAGUAAAAACGUAAGAAUGCAAAAGAAUU